AUGUCGACAUCCGCCUUCAUUAUCUGUGUUUUAGUGCUUCUAUGGGUACUAAGGAAAUAUACCCAAUUUCGAGAUCGUACUUUAUCGAGGGCACCAUACCCCCCUGGACCUGUUCCCAAACCGUUGAUUGGAAAUGCUCUUGACUUCCCAAUAUCGUUUCCUGCUUUGAAAUACGCAGAGUGGGGAAAUAUUUAUAAAAGCCAAAUCCUCCACAUAGAAGCAUUUGGACAACAUAUUGUCGUUCUUAAUAAUCGCGAAGAUGCUGAAGAACUGUUGGAUAGAAGGGCCAAGCUCUAUUCAGAUCGACCCGAAAUACCUGUCAUGAAGCUAAUGGGCUGGAGCUAUAACAUUGCAAUUUUGCGGUAUGGGGACGAAUGGAGGCGGUGUAGAAAGAUAUGUCAACAGAACUUCAAUCAGAAAGCCUCUCAAGCCUAUCAACCACUCCAAAGAAAAGAAGUUCUUCGAUUCCUUCAAGCUCUACAUAGCUCCCCUAAGGAGUUCGAUGCUCAUAGCAAACGAUUGUCGAUAUCUCUUACGAUGUUGAUGAUGUAUGGAUAUGAAGUUCAGUCCAUCUCAGACCCUGUCGUUACUGUGGCCGACGAAGCAAUCAGGCUUGGUGGUCAACUGGUAAUACCGGGUGGAACGCUCAUAAAUAUUUUCCCCAUGCUUCAACACAUACCUGCCUGGUUUCCCGGUGCCUCUUCUCAGAAAUUGGCGAAGAUUGUGCGAGAGCUCUCAGAUGAAAUGAUGUCAAUUCCAACCAAAUUCGUGAAGAAAAGUCUCGAAGAAGGGACGGCCGUCCCGUCAUUUGUAACUGAUUUCUAUGUAAAGAAACAAACCCACGGUGCCACAUUGGAAGAGGAGGAAAUGGUUAAAAAUAUUGCAUUUUCAGUUUAUGGCGGAGCAUCCGAUACGACUAUUUCCGCUACUGGAACAUUUCUUUGGGCAAUGGCAGUAAACCCCAAUGUCAUGAAGAAGGCACAGUCCGAAAUUGAUACUGUCAUUGGUCUUAAUCGUCUCCCAACAUUCGAAGAUCGUGACUCGCUCCCCUACAUUGAAGCCAUAUAUCGUGAAGUAUUGCGAUCACUUCCACCUUUGCCCCUUGGCGGGCCUCACACAACCAUUCAAGAUGAUCACUACAAGGGGUAUUUCAUCCCCAAAGGUGGGUAUCAGCCUGUCAUCGAAUUAGAAUAG